CGACUCCCGGCAGGCGCCGGGGCGGGGAUUCCCCGGCCCGCGAUGGCGGCCGCGGCCUGAGGCGGCCCCGGCGAUGGCGGCCGCGGCCCCCGCGGCCCCCGCGGCCCCCGGCGACGCAAAGCGGCCCGAGGGCGACGAGUGGUGCGACAGCGGGCUGGGCUCGCUGGGCGAGGGGCCGCUGGGGCCGCCGCUGCCCGCCGGCCCCGCAGCGGAGUCCCCCGAGCCCCUCGCUGACCCCGCGGCCUGGCUGCGGCACGUCCUGAGCUUCGUCACCGAGGAGGGCGACACGGCCCUGCACCUGGCCGUGAUCCACGAGCACGAGGAGUUCCUGGGCUCCAUCCUGCGGCACACGGAGCGCUCGCCCUACCUGGACCUGCAGAACGACCUGGGCCAGACCGCGCUGCACAUCGCCGUGGUGCUGGGGCUGGCCGGCGCCGUGCGGCGGCUGCGGGCGGCGGGCGCGGCCGUGGCCGUGCGGGAGCGGGGCGGUCACACCCCCCUGCACCUGGCCUGUCGCGAGGGUCACCCCGCCUGCGCCCGCGCCCUGCUGGGGGGACCCCCCGACCCCCGGGACCCCCCCCGGGACCCCCGGAAGGAGGAGGAGGAGCGGCGGGCGCAGCUGGAGAGCGUCAACUACGACGGUUACACCCCCCUGCACGUGGCCGUGCUGCGCCGGGACCUGGAGCUGGUGCAGCUGCUGCUCCGCGCCGGCGCCGACCCCGACCGGCCGGAGCCGAGCUGCGGCCGCAGCCCCCUGCACUUGGCCGUGGAGGCGCAGAGCCCCGAGGUGGCCGAGUGCCUGCUGCGGGGCGGGGCGCGGCCGGACCCCCGCACGUUCUCGGGGUUCACCCCGCUGUACAGCGCCCGCCGCCGCCCCGACCCGCGGCUGCCGCCGCUCCUGCGCCGCUUCGGGGCCCGCGACCCGCCCAGCAGCGACAGCAGCGACAGCAGCGACAGCAGCAGCGACAGCGAGGGCGGGGCCCGCGACAGCGAGCCCCCCCAAACCUCUGUCCCUCCCCAGGACGAGUACGACGACAUCGUCAUCAACAGCAGGCGCUGCCCGGCCUGAGGGCCCCCCCGGAGCCCCCCUGGAUGGACUUGGGGGCCCCCCUGCCACCCCCCGGCCCGGGGCACCCCCUGAGGGUGAGGGUGCCCCCCCCAGAGUCCCGGGGGAGCCCCAAGGGCUGCGGGGGGCGGUGGGAAAUAAAGCAGAGGCUGUGCUGCCAAGGAAG